UGGACGAAACGACCUCACUCUCUCCCACUCCCCAACAAACACUCACUCUGUAGCAAGCGGGAAAACCGUAAAAGCGCUCCUCUUUCUCUCUCUAAAACCUAUUUCUCUUCCCUUCCCUUUCUUCAACAAAAUCAAAAUGGAUGGAAGACGAUCGAUAAUGGAGUUCUUCCUUCUCUUCCUUUUGAUCUGAUCUGAUCCGAUCUGCCUUUUAACGAUCUCAAAGGAACUCUCAUACGAUGGCUGGAACUGGAGAAGCGGAAGCUAUAUCGGUGAAGUUUGAAGGAUUCUCGAUUCGAGAGUACGUUUCGAAAACGAGAUCUACGAACGUGAUGAAAUGUUGGCCGUUCGGCGACGGUACUACGAGCGAACAGAUGAUGAGAAACUUUCUACCUCCGAUUUCCGUCGAGAAGUUCCGGUGGUGGUCUCAUGAGUUCGACCUUUUGAAAUCGGAUGAACAACUUAGGCGGCCUUUGAUUUGCGGAGAAUCUUCUAAAUCAGUACCGUUUAAGCCAGUUAAAAAUUCCGGUGGUGAGAGUAGUACUGUGAUGAUGAGAUCUAUUAGAGUGAAGAGAAAGAAGAGAUCUAUUUUGGAGAUUUUUGCUGAGGAAGAUGCGGAUGAAGGAAAUGAUCCUCAAAACUUGAAGUUAAUGGCGUUGAGAGAAGUCGGUUUAGGCCUAAAGCAACGAAAGACGAUGAAAGAGAGGAAGAACAACAAAAAGAAAUCGAAAUUGAAGGAUGAAUCAGAUAAACAAAAUGUAGGGCUCAAAUUAAAGAAGAUAAUCGGAAGCGAACGUGUGGAUCGACACGUUGAAUCAUCUAUGAGAAAGGAGAAGCCCCUUAAAGUCAAAAUGCACUCUUCAGUUGCAAUCACUAAAAAGCCAAUCAACAAAUCAAGAUUCAACAAGGGAUUGCUGAAAGGGACAUCUCACCACAUUGUUUCCACCAAAGAUAUGUGCCAAAUGAAAUCGUUAACUGAACAACAUGAGAAGAACAAAAACCCUGGAAUAUCAAAGUCAAAAGGAAAAAACAAAAAGCCUAUUGUUCCUGUUCGCGGUAUUCUCAAGAAGUAUAAAGAAGAUGAUAUUUUGGUGAAGAGGUCCACAUUAGAUAAUAAUAAUAAUCCUGAGGAUGAUUGUGAAAGAAACUUAAUAAGCCUGGCACCAAAAUCGGGCAGACAUGUGAGGUUCUCCGGGAAGGAUGAUGUAGUAGUUUCGUCUCCUUCGAAACAGUUAGAAGAAACUGAAGCUUCAGCUUCUCCUCUCGGAGGAACGAACAAAAGGAGUGAUGAAAUACCAGAAGUUCAAUUCACAUGUGACAGGGAGUUUGUAAGGCCUCAAAUUGGCUUUAGAGGAGAGCAUUUUCAUGAAACCUCUACACUUCUAAACGAAGUAGCUUUGCCUAAUACUGAAGGUCAUCGAAUGUUUGCUACAAGCUACGGAGUUGCAUCAAAUGACACGACUUAUGGUCUCGAUCCUAGAAAUUUACCUCGUUAUGGCUCAAACACAAGUACAAUUCCAAGCAAUAAUGCAAAGAAGAAUCCAAUGCUACCUGAUCAGUACUUUGGGACUUAUUCUUCAUCGUCAUCAUCAUAUAUUCCUAUUUCUGAUGAUGGAAGAGCAGCUGUCUUUCCAUAUGGAAGAUACCACCAUUUAACUCCGAAAGAAUUGAUGUGGAGUAUAUGUUCAGUACCCCCAGAGAGAAAACAAAGGGAAUUUACAAACGGUCUGUUCGGUUUGCCUCUGAAUUCACAAGGCGAGUUAAUCCAAUUGAAUUCAACCGGUGAGGCCAGUUUUAACCAGAUGAUGAUGCCAGCAAGUACUCCAUUAAGAGCCAGUACUUCUUCUUAUUCUUAUUCUUCCAGACCCACAAGCAGCAGCAGCAGCUUAGAUAUGUGGAAGAAUGAAGAGACUAGAAGGAAAUUAAACCACUUAAGUUUUCUUGAAACUGAAUUGCAUCCCAAUCAGCUGGCACCUUCAUUUAUAGGGUUGAGUACUUCUUCUUAUAGAGAAAACGAUACUAAUCCAGCAACAACUAGCAGCAGCACGCCAACAAUCCGACUAAUGGGUAAAGAGUUGACAGUCAAGGGGAGUAGUCUAGAGGAUGAGAAAGUUUGGACCGAUAAAGAAAUCAUAGCUGAACAUCGACCACCACCGGCGGCUGCUGCCGCCGCCGCCAAUUAUGGACCAUCCGAUAACACAGUAAAACAUAAUCAUUUGGGUUUCAUGAUGUCCUCGUCCAAAAGUACUACACCAUCUGAAUCAGUUCCAUUUCAGUUGCAUUCUAAUGGCACAACAAAUACAAGUUUCUCCAUGAACCAAUACCAGCAGAGGCCGCCUUUUCCCUUGGAGUUUCCUUUCAUAAACCAGCAAGAUCAUGAUAAUAAUAGUGAAGAGCUCCUACUCCAACCGUCUUGGUUUAAGAAACAUAACUAUCAUCAUCACCCCUACUCAUUCUCUAGAGCUAACAUUAAUUCAGACAGCCGACGUCACUCAAUGCAGCCAACGAUAGGCGGCGUCUCCUAUCCCUACCCUCAACAACAACAGCAACAGCAGCAACAGCGUCUUCCCUUUCAAGCCUAUAGCCAAUUAGCUCCAUUCAGUGGUGGUACUAGUCAUGGAGGAAUAAUCAACAGGUUUACUAGUGAUCAUGUGAGAAGAAACAGAAGUGCAACGGUUGAAGAAAAGAAAUGGAGAAAGAGAAGUGCUUCGAGAUCAUCCAUAGCUUCUUCUGGGAAGCCUUGUAAGAAGAUACCUAAUAAUAGUAUGGAGAUUGAAAGUGUUGAUCAGGAAGGGAACAAGAUGAUGGGUUCAAAUGGAAAUGAGGAUAUUUGCAGGCCAAUGUUAAUGUAUUCUACCAUCAUCUCAUCACCAUCAUCAGUAGCUCCGAUUAAUGAAGUUUCUGGAUCGGAGAAAUCUGCUUCUGCUGCGCUGCUGCUGCACAGGCAGUAAAAGUUUAAACAUGUUGAAUCUAGGAAGCGAAGGAAAUGACUUUUUUUUUGAGUUUUUUUUUGCAAAGCUGAGAACACGUAAAAAAUUUGCUCUAUAAUUUACCUCUUUCUUUAUGUAGUGGGGUUUGUUAGGGCCCAUGAAAUUUGAUAAUCAUUGCUGCCUGCCUGCCAUCGUUUUUAUUUUAUUCGCUAUUACAUCGUCUCCCAAUAUUAAUGA